AUGGCUGAUCUCGGUGUUUCUCCCACUGAUACCGAUAAAUCUAUCGAAAUCAACGACGCUCUCUUCUGCGAGCACGGUCUCGAAGUCUGUCAACAAUGCGAAUUCGACGCUAGAGAGGAUAACGAUGCUAUGAUGGGCUUCGAUCCCAAACCCAGAGGUCCCCUCGAACUUCCCGCACAUUUCAAGAACCAAAAAGAUGGUACUUUCAUGUGUAAGACUCAUGGUAACGCCAACUGUAAGAGUUGCUUCGGCUGGAAGAAACAAAUCUCCAAACUUCACAAGGAUGGUAAGAAAGAAGCCAGCAAGAAGAAAGAGAAAACCACCAACCUCUAUUGA